UUGAAGCGACAACAAAGGGACGAUUGCUAAAACCUUAUGAUACUUUGGGUACUUUAACACGACGCUAUAUAGGCUGACAAGUAAACAUGGUACACAUUGCAAUGUCAGUAAUGCUGUAAAAUUCCGAUGUAUGGACGCCUAUCAGUGGUUUACAAACAUUAUCAGACAGACAGAUAGAAGAUAAGGUUAUUGGUGAUACAUAAAAUAACAUAAGGUCAAAUUCAAUCUGCAGCAUGGCAGAGGAAUUCACCUCCGUUACAACCGGAAUUGCCACUACGCCAGUAAUGUCACAAUACACCGAACCAUCUUUAAAUUUCUCAACACUAAACGUGACCUUGGGAGGAAAUGAUACAGCUUUGACCUUUAUUACAUCCGGGCCGUUGCUUGACCUCGCAAACAAUAAGUACUUUGAUGACGUGUUGUUGUCGUCACUAGUGUAUGUGUGUAUAUUAUUGGCUAUCGGGUUGCCAGGCAACGUAUUGGUGUUGUAUGUGUAUGGUUUCAAAUGGAACCAUACAACGUCCAGGAUUUUCAUAAUGGCUCUUGCAGCCAUAGAUCUAACAAACUGCAUGUCGUCAAUGGCAACCGAACUUUAUCUUCUUACGCAUUUCUUCAAGUUUGACUUCCCUUAUGUUUGUAAAGUUACCAGGUUCGUGACGUCAUUUUGUAACAACUCGACGACGAUUGUUUUAUCAGCAAUCGCUGUUGAUAGAUUUAAAAGGAUUUGUCGUCCCUUGGAGGAACUGAUUGACAUCAAGACAGCCAAAAAAAUCGUCUUGUUUGCUGUAGUGAUCGCUUUGGCUACAUCUUGGCCGUUAUUUGUACUCUAUGGUACACAUGACCUCACGCUAAAGAAAUUCAAAAAUGUUGUCCUCAUUGGAAAAACUUGUGAAAUCGAAGAACGGUGGAUAAAGACGUUCUACCCGCUCCUACUUGUUGGAUUUCUAUUUACCUGCCAUUUUGCUGGUGAUAUUCUGUUCCUAGUGUUGUAUAUCCAAGUGGGCAAAGCGAUAAUCAGACAAAGAAAGAACAGGAAAUCGUUAAAAUGCGGAAAUAGAUAUGUAGCGCCUGAAAUAUCGGCGGCGAGUUGUACAAUGGACGAACUAGAUGGGAAACCAACAGAAAUGAGGUCAAGGAAUUUCUCAUUCGUCGUUUGGAACAAAAUUGCAAACAAUGCCAGUCGCUCAAAAUUGACAAUUGCCAAAGCUUCAGAACGACCUUCAGGGAAACCCAAGACCCUUCGAUCAGAAAUAGUCCGUAGACAACUCUCGAAGGCAAGCGGACAUUCAAAUGCUUCAGGUGCUCUUCAUGCAGGGAAGACAACAAUGAUGCUCUUUUUAGUAACGGUUGUGUUCGCCAUAUCAUUUUUACCCUAUUGUGUCGUGGUUAUUUUAAGAGCAACUCACAGAGAAGAGAUAGUAAACCUGUCAAAUGUUGGUAAAUCUAUUUACAAUUUAUUACUUCGUUCGUAUUUCCUGAACAGCGUGUUAAAUCCGGUUGUCUACUGUUUUGUCAGUCAACUGUUCCGGAACCAGGUGAUAGCUGCUUGUAAGUGCACUCGUGGAAAGUUACAAAGGACAAAUUUACAGAUGAGGUCAAAUCAAGGGUCAAGGUCACGUUGAGAUAUAUAAAUACAGUGAAUGCAAGGUCGUCAAAUUUUGCUUAUGGUUGUCAACAUAAUUACCUUUUCUGAAAAUUUGUAUAAUUGUAUUGAGACAGAAAUAUUGUUUUUAUGUCAAAAAACAUCGCAUAAAUUAAAAAGUACAUGCAAAGGAAAUGAUAAUUAAACAAUAGAGUCUGCAAAGAAAAAUAUGACAUGAUUUUUCCAGUGAAAAAGAGGGGUUCCGUGGGCUUUGAUCGGAUCACCUCUAAAAGUAGGUGGGCGUUGAGGUUUAUCCAAAAAUUUCCGGAUCUCAUUAAAGUAUAAAAUCACCCCAAGCAUAUUUUCAUGGCGCCCUUCAGCUAAAAAAUUAAAGAUAUAUUUCGUUUAUUGUUUUCGUAAUUCCGUUUCUUAGAUACCGUUCGCAAAAUUAAUUGAGUUGAAAGCUAUAUCGAUAAAGAUAUGAAUAAAAUACUGGACCUUGGAACCUGUUGCAUACUCGUUCGGAUAGUGAAAAUCGGGAUUUUAGUCUCUACAUUCCUCGUGGCAUUUAAUAUGUAUAAUUUGUCUUUGCGCUGUGUUGUUCUAUCAUUCUCGAUGUGAUAAACUUGUGGUUUUGAAUAUAAUGGUCCGAUACAUUUACAAAGUCUUGCAGAAAAGAAAAUUGAAACAGACAACACAUACCAUUUGCAACCCCGAGUUUACUCUCCUUGUACUUUGCCUUGUUUAUAUUUUUGUCCUAAUUUUAUCGAUUUUUAGUUCGAAGACUGGUUUUGUUGACACUUCUGAGUAUUUCGGUCUUUUUAUGUACAUUGUACAUGCAAUGCUGAUAUCAGGAUAAUUGCUCAAACACAGUUUAAUGGAGUAAGCUCACAUACUCAAUUAUAAUGAAAUCAGUGUAUCAGUUGGUAUGAAAAUAUCUUACUGGAAAACAGGAGUUGCCUAGAAUAUCGAGCAGGACGUCCAUUGAGUCUGAUUCUAAAGGGUGUAAUUACCAAUGUGAUGUCACCUCUUAACCAUUGAUUACCCUUUAAUAUAUACUUAGUUGUCAACAGUGUAACACACCUACUGUCAACAGCCUAAUAAACUUAAUGCAAGUCAUCCAUAUUCUAACAUACUUGUCUGUCAAUCUUUUUAAAAUACAUUUUUUGUCAACCCUUUUAAUAUUCAAAAUUGUCAUCCUUUCUAACGAACUUAGUUGUCGACCAUUCUUAUAUAUUUACUGUAAAUUUCCAACGUCUUGCACACUUAUUUGUCAUCCAUUCCAACACUUAGUUAUCAAACUUUCUAUCAUGCUAACAUGCCUAACGUUUAGUUGCUGUUUUAUACUUAAUUUUCAACCACGUAAACAUACUUAAUUGUCAACAUUCUAAACCAAUUAAUUGUUAACCAUACCAACAGUUAAAUGUCAUUUGUUUUUGUUUUUGUUAUACUUGACUUUCAACUAAACUAUCUGCUUGACAACCAUACUAUCAUACCUAAAUGUCAAACAUACUAACAGUUUAUUGUCAACAUUCUAAAAUAUUAAUUUUCAACAUUACUUCCAGUAAAUUGUAAUCAUUCUCAAAUACUUCAUUGUCAACCAUUGCUAAUAGUAAUGUAUCAACCUUUUCAAAGAACUUAAUUGUAAACCAUACCUACAGUGAAUUAUCAAGAUUCUAAGAUACAUGUACUUCAUUGACAACUAUGCUAACUUUAAAAUAAUCCUUUCUGAAAUACCUGAAAUUUGUCAAACAUACUACUGUUAAACAGACCAGCAGUUAAUCUUCAACAUUCUAAAAUAUACAAUGAUAUAAAACAAUAGUCAAUUGUCAACCAUACUAACAGUUAAUUGUCAACCAGUCUAAAAUAUUCUUAAUGGUCAAACAUUGUUAAAAGUUCAUUAUCAUCAUUUCUUAAGUACAUAAUUGUCAUUCAUACACAUAGUGAAUUUCCAACAUUUUUAAAUACUCUUUCUUAAUUCGCAAAUUUUCUAAAAUACUUAAUUGUCAAACAUACUAACGGUUUAUUGUCAACACUCUUUAAACUUAAUUGUCAAAAAUCCUAACAGUUGAUUAUCAUCUGUCCUAAAAUACUUAAAUGCCAACCAUUCUAGCAGUUAAAUGACAAUAUUCUAAAAUACUAAAUUGUCCACAAUAGUACCAGCAAUUAUCAACCAUUCUGAAAUACCUAACCCUAAAUAAACUAGCAGGUAAUUGUCAACACUCAACACAAACCGAUUGUCAAUCAUUACUAAUGGAUAAUUAUCAUCCUUUCUAAAAUACCUAAUGAUCAACCAUACUAACAUUUAUUUGUCAACUAUUCUAAAAUAUUUAAUUAUCAAACAUACAAGCAGAUAAUUGUCAACAUUCAAAAUACAGAUUGUCAAUAAUUACGCACAGUUAAUUGUAAACAUUCUAAAUUACUUUAAUACUGAAUUAUCAACAAUACCAACAGUUAAUUGUCAACAUUCUAAAAUACUCAGUUGUCAACCAUACCAACAGUUAAUUGUCAACAUUCUAAAAUACUCCAUUAUAAACCAUACCAACAGUUAAUUAUCAACUUUUUAAUAUGCUCAAUUGUCAACCAUACCAACAGUUAAUUGUCAACAUUCUAAAAUACUCAGUUAACAACGAUACCAACAGUUAAUUGUCAACAUUCUAAAAUGCUCAAUUGUCAACCAUACCAACAGUUAAUUGUCAAUAUUCUAAAAUACUCAGUUAUCAACCAUACCAACAGUUAAUUGUCAACAUUCUAAAAUACUUAAUUGUCAACCAUACCAACAGUUAAUUGUCAACAUUCUAAAAUUCUCAGUUAUCAAUCAUACCAACAGUUAAUUAUCAACAUUCUAAAAUACUCAGUUAUCAACCAUACCAACAGUUAAUUGUCAACAUUCUAAAAUACUCAAUUGUCAACUAUACCAACAUUUAAUUGUUAACAUUCUAAACUACUCAAUUGUCAACUUUUCAAUCAGAAUAUUUUGCUAACAUUUAAUAAUGCUUUAUUGACAACCAAAACUUUUGAUUAAUCGUCAUCCAAAUUAAAAUACUGAAUUGUCAACCAUUGGUAACAGUCAAUUAUCAACUACUCUAAAAUACUUCAUUGUCAAACAUACUAACAGUUACUUGUCGACAUUCUAAGAUAAUUAAUUGUUGACUGUUCCUACAUACUCGUUGACUGGUAGUACCUUUUUUGUUAAAUCUCAAUCGUUCUAACUUAAUUUAAAUUAGUUUGUGUGUUUGCAGUGUUGUGUUAACAAACAUGAACUGGUCGAAUAAUAUUAUUUUGUCAAUAAUCGUUUAUAUAUUUGACGAAAUAGGUCACAUAUUUUGUAUAUUAUAUAUAUUUCAAAGAAUGUUAAUAAACUAGUGUUAUGCACAAAAUAAAUUGAUUAUGCACAGACUGUUUGUCUGAAGAAUUUCAUGUUCAAUUAGAUUUUACGUGAUUGAAAAUAGCCAUAUGGGAAUCUACUGGUUCCAGUGUAAGUGUUAACAUUUCAUAAUGUAUGCUUUAACGAUUUUAUAAUGAUGUUAUAUCAAAAGUCAACAAAGGCCCUACGAUGUAUUAUUGGCAAAUAAAUGAUGCUGUGUCGAUUUUCAUUUUGAAGAUUAUGAUAUUUGAACUGCAAAUGGAAUUCCAAAUUCUUUUCAGAGAUUGCUUUACAAUAAAGCCCCUCUGAUGUUUUCUUGUAAAGGAAAGUAUCGAUUAAUUGAAAUGUUAUAAGUGGGAUAAAUACAUUAAUACUUAACUAUUUAACUAUGGAAAUUAAAAUAUGAUUUGCCAUUUUUUUGGUUUUGUCUUCGAUAAAGUUAUAAACAGAUUUGUCAUUUGAAUUGUCUACUUUUCCCACAUUUUUUAUUGCAUUAUGAAUUUUAAAUAUGUUAGAGGAAAGGAAAGGUCUUUAGCUAUCGCAAAAACAUUCACACGGUUUUCCCAAUUUUUCGAUAUGGUAUCUUCACAUGAUUGUCACCACACACUCCAAAUCGUAAAAGAUUCUGUUUAAAACGGUUUGUCUUGUUUCCGUCACAAGAUUGGUGGUGUUAGUAUGGUUGGACAACCGCAUUCAUGGUGAUAAUACGGAUAUGACUGUUUGUAUAUAUAUGGUUCAACGUCCUAGCAACAGCUUCGUUCAUAUAAAGACGGAUGUUUAGGGACAAAACGCAAGAACGAAAGAAUAGGAAAAAGAUGAAAUAAAAAAUAAAGAUAUUAAAAAUUG